UUCAGUUAUCAAAACAAUUAUGGAUGAAACGAAUGGUUAACUGGCUCUGGAGUACUAUGGGUGCUUCACACAGCAUCUUCACCGAAUCUGAACUCACUGAUUAUCAGAAUCUCACUUACUUAUCAAAAAGUGAGAUCUUGCAUGUACACAAGCGGUUUUGUCAAAUGGGUAAAGGUUUCACCAAAUACACCAAAGUCAAGAAAGAUGUCGUCCUUCAACUGCCCGAGUUCAAGGUGAACCCAUUCGCUGAUAGGAUCCUGCAGGUGUUUUCAUCGGCCAGUGACGACGCGCUCAGCUUUGAGGACUUUCUCGACAUGAUGUCGGUAUUCAGCGAUGAGGCGCCGCGAUCCGUCAAGGUCGAAUACGCGUUCCGAAUCUACGACUUUGACGAGGACGACACAAUCUCCGAAUACGACCUUGAGGAGGUCAUCAGCCGACUAACUGGCAGUCAGUCGCUUAGCAAUGAGGACAUGAAGCAACUCAUCGAUAAUGUGUUCGCAGAGGCUGACCUGGACGAGGACAGGUGUCUGUCGUUUGCUGAAUUCGAGCACGUCAUCUCGAAGGCACCCGACUUUGUCAAUACGUUCCGCAUUCGCGUGUGAGCUUAGCGCAAAUUUU